CCAUCCCACACAGUAGGUGGCGACAUGCACACUAAAUUGUGUGAAAGCCAAUGUACCAUAGAAGAAGUAGUAGUAGUAAACGGAUGUCACCGUUGACCAAGAACAAUUUCCACGUUAGCGUUUUUAGUGUUGUUAUUUAGACAUUUAUUAACACCAUGGAACUUAAGAUAUGACAAAUUUAACUGCACAGCAUCACAUACUUACCCCAGGUAGUCGUUAAUUCGUGUUGGAGACAGGGCUUGGUUGAUAAUGUUUUCUAGCUAGGUGGUAACGUUAGCUAACAAUGGCCAAUUGUGUGGUUUUUCACACUCAAAUAGCCUCCAUAAUGGAGGUGCUAGCUAAUGCAGCCGUGGCAGAGAUCUGUAAACUCGUAGACGACGACUAUGCAGUGUUCCGUUUGGAAAUUUCUCAAAGCCAGAAAGAAAACAGGGGAUUGCGGAGGAAACUACAGCUACUGGAACUGAAGGUGGCACGGGAGCGCGCAGAGAGGACAACGCGAGAGCGCGUCCUCGCCAGUCGUCCAGGUAGUGUCAAGAUCCUCGACCGAUACAGAGGAAUGGCAAGAGGUGAAGGACAUCUCAUUGGAGGACACAGGAGCUUUGUGAAGACAGCGGGACACAAUACAUGGAGAGAUAACCAACCAAUCACUGUUGAUGAGGGGAGUGGAACCUCAACACAGCAUGUUAUCGUGAUAGAGUCUGCAGAUGCAGAGGCUGCUGGUCCUGGGGUCAAGCUGGAGAGGUCUGAAGGAGAGGAGGACCCACGGCACAGCGGAGACAUCCAGACUGGAGCAGCGUCUGGAGUGGCGCCCCCUGUAGCCACGGAGGACCUCGCCACCAAUACAGCGCCCCAGCCCAGGACCCCACACAGCAUCAUGGAGGAGGAGGAGGGUCCAGAGGUGCUGUUGGUAAAGGAGGACGGGUGUGAGGAGGGUCUGGGGAACCCUGAGGGAACCGUGGUCAUGGAUGACAACCAGACUACACCUCCUGAACCCACAGAGGAACCAGCUGAGCAGCACAGGACCACACACAGUCUCACUGAGUCAGUAGACAUGGAGGAUGGGAAGCCUGAUCUGCUGCUAGUCAAAGAGGAGAUUAUAGAAGAUGAACCAGAGAGCGUUGAUCUGCUGAGUGGACUAAAGAUGGGGGAGCAAGGUGGUUGGCUGGAGGCUAAGAGAGGAGACUGGGCGACCAUCUUGGAUUCCCAGACCAGUGCAGCCAAGGGCCCAGGGGACAACAUCACCGAGAAGGCCAGGACCAGAGGCGAAAUAGUGGAGGACAGUGGAUGGGACAGCGUCCUCAACUCUGAGCUGGGGAACAACACUGUUAACCACAACCAGAAACAGACAUUCGAACACAAAACAACAUCCGAACUUAGUCUCCAUGACAACAGACUGGCUGAGACGAGGGCGAAGCGUGGAUUUGGUCUGCGGGGACGGGAAGGUGUCCAUAUGAGAACAGACACAGAAUCGGCUAGCGAUGCUCCGUCCUGCUCCUAUAGUUGUGAUUCAGAAAGACUGAUGGCGCCUCAGGUUAACCCCCUAACAGGUGCUGCCUUCAGCCUGCCUUCUAUAGGAUCUAUCAACUGGAACAUGGACCCUGCGACAACACAGACACUCCCUGGCCUUCGUCCUCCUCACACUCUCCUAAUGUUAAACCAGACCUCAGACAAUGCCAGUGCCUCAACACUAAAUUGCUACACAAGCCCAUUGACAAAUGACAGUAGUAGUAACGCUGUCAGUAGAUCCGGUAACAAAGAGAAGCGCUUCCCGUGUUCGUUCUGUGGGAAAGCCUUCCGUUUCUCUAAACAGGUGGAGAUCCACCAGAGGAUUCACGGGGAGAAACCGUUUGGCUGCCACCUGUGCAGGGCCAGUUUUUCACACUUGUCCAGCCUGAAGAGGCACCAGAGAGUUCACACAGGGGAGAAACUUUUCAGCUGCCACCUGUGCAGGGCCAGUUUUUCACACUCCUCCAGCCUGAAGAGGCACCAGAGGGUCCACACAGAGAAACCAUACAGCUGUCCCCAGUGUGAGAAGAGGUUCUCCCACCAGCACCAUCUGAAGAUGCACCUGAAGGUCCACACGGGAGAGAGGCCAUUAGCCUGUACGCACUGCGGGAAGAGGUUCUCAGAGAGGAGCUACCUCAGGAUACACCAGCAGAAAAUGCACUCAGCCCAUGAAUAGUGACAUGUAAUGUAGUACUAGUUAGUUAGUUUGCAGUUAAUUCUGUUGGUUUUGGAUGUAGUAGGGAACUGGAUGAGGUGAACUGAGGAAAGAAUGAGUAUGAUGAGGUAGAGUAGAUGAUAUGGUGAUGGUUGGUGUGAUGGUGUCUGUAGAAAUGCUUCACUGAUGAAAAGUGACAACCUUGUCCUGUUUGCUGCUGGUGUUUUAUGAGGAAAUGAUAGUGCCUUAAUUCAUGUUUACUUGACAUGAAGUAGUGAAGAUGUGUGUGAUGUAAUGUUGAACCUUUUUCAAAGCAUUCUGAAAUUAAUUUGAUCAAAGCGAGGGUACCAGAUUUACAGAAAAGUGUUACCAUAGUGAGAAAAGUGAUUCUACAAUACUUGUCACGUAUCAUUUUGUGCAAUAAAAGUACUGUACUUCAAAGUUAUGUGAGUGUAUGACCAUUCUGUUGAAAUUAAAUACAGAAUUGACUCUGC